GGGGGCUCAAGUGCGGCGCAGGCCCCGCAGCAAUUUCCGUAAUGGUUUUUCGCUCGGCGCCCUAGCCCCGUCUCCGCCUCAUCGUGGCACUUGGGUGGCAUCGGGGCGACCUCAUGUUGUGUGACGUUCAACCGGUGGCGAAGGGAGACGAAAAGUCAGGCUGCGCAUUUUUGUAUUUUCAGUUUGGCCGUGCUUCUUCUAUUCAUUGGUGGGGAGGGCUGGCGGUACUGGUGCUUUUGGGCGUACAAGUGCAGUCAGUUCAUCAUCCUAUAUUUGGAGUUAUGGAGGAGCUUUGCAUAGUGCUACGGUCAUGUUUUUUCCUUUCUCUCUCAUCGCCGUCGUGAUGUUGAUCGACAUGUGGGCGUUGGCCACGGAAUCCUCACCAUCCUGUGCUUCUUCGCCUCGUCGCGGCUGUAUUCGGCUGAGCCUGGCCAGCGCAAGGCAGACGCUUUCUUUUGGUGGCUUUUCUGUAUUGGCUGAGCCUGGCCCGCGCAAGGCAGACGCAGUUUUUGGUGGGAUGGAGUUGUGUGGCAUAUUAGUGGAAAGCAUUCCGAGGAACCUGAGCAUUUUCUUCAGCGGGACUGGGGUUUGCAAUAACGGUGAAGGGCUUUCUUGGUACGUGUGCAUCCUCCUGUUCAUUUCCGUGUAUUUCAGCUCCGUGUCGGGCAUCGUCGUCUGAGCCGUGGGAGGGGAGGAGCCAUCUUCAAGACUUCGUCUCAUGUUCAUGUUCACGCUCCUUCCGCGGGGGGGAAGGGGAAGUGGGCGUGUGGGCAGGGGCAGGCUCGUCUGGUCGAGCGAGUCAUCGGGGCCCGCCACCGUCAGAUCCCACCUCUCGUAACACAAGAACUGAUCGUGGCGCGGCUGGCUAUUUGCGCUCGCGCGCCGUCUCGCCCUCUCGCGUGGUCUUGCCGUCGGCUGCUGAACGAUGCGAAGAAUCACGCCCUGCGCACAGGCGGCAACGGAACUUUCAGAA